CAUAUUUCUAAGUGAUUAUGUAUUUGAGAAGGUUUACAGCACUGUAUAACCACUGCACAAACACUUAAAGUAUAUCGUGGUAAAUAACGUGCAAUUUGUGGGUAGACCUAAUCGAAGCAUAAACUCGACAUUGCGACUCUUGAUCCAGACCAAGUUAGCUCUCUGCCUUUGUUACUAUAGUGAUGUGACCACGCUGAAAACUGAUACAGGAAAUCCAGGGUUUAAUGACUCAAGUUUAGGCACCCUACAUGCUUUGUAGUAUACCCCGAUGGUUGGGAUUAGUUUAUCUUCUGAUUGUGGUGCAUGUUGAUGUUUGCUACAUUUUCUAUAAAUUAGGGUCGCCAUGUUUUAGCUGUUGUUUGAACGUGUGCAAUGCAUUCUGGGAUUAUGACGUGAAAUGGUUGCAGUCGAGUCGUGAGCGGGUGCAAUUUCCAGUCGAAAGGGAACAAAGGAAGCGAUGUGAGCCUGCACAUUUUUCCUCGUGAUGGGGCAUUGAGAAAAGUUUGGGAAAGUGCGUGUGGAAGAGAACGUCUGCCUAAAGACCCACGCCUGUGCUCCCGCCAUUUCACCGAGGACUCAUUUGAAGAUUCAUGUCGUCAACGGCUCCUCAAAGAGCUCACAGGCGCUUCAUAUAAAAGAAGGCUGAAAAGUGGAGCUGUGCCUACAAUAUUUCCACUCGUAGAGUCUGGAAACCUGGGAGAAACUAGUGAAAACUGCUCCAGUAACCGCAGAAAAGAGAGAAAAGGGGUCAUGUUGCUGGACACAUCAUCUGCAGCUACUGAUGGUGACAGUGACAGCACAACGGAGAAUAGUGACACAACAAUGGAGGAGACAGGCACAGUUCAACUUAGCAUGACAUCCUUAUAUGUAACGGACACCAUGCCAGUGGACCGAUUGCGGUUGAGGCCAUGGCUGGAAGAGCAGAUCAACUCUUGUGAAAUACCUGGACUUAAAUGGGUCAAUAAAGAGGAGCGAAUAUUCCAGAUCCCGUGGCUUCAUGGUUCUCACCAACACUGGGAUUUGGAGAAAGACACUCUCCUGUUCAUGAGAUGGGCCAUUCACACUGGUAAAUAUCAUCCCGGAGAGGAGCGUCCCAACCCAAGAGUGUGGAAGAGUAAUUUCCGCUGCGCUCUGAACAGUUUACCGGACAUCGUGGAGGUUAAGAACAAGACCAUAAAGAGGGGCUCCAACGCUUUUAGAGUUUACAAAAUGUUGUCCUUUGACCGGCGCUUAAAUAAAGCUAUGAGGAGGAAGAUCAAAAAGAUGAUGGCCAUAAAAGGAGUCAAAGUGGAUGAUGGUCCCAGCGUAGACUACACCAAACCAAAUUCCAAACUCAGAGAGGUGUCUUCAGAAGAGACUGACAGUGCUGAAGAAUUUCACAUUAAAGAUGAACCAGAGGAUGUCCCCAUCAGAGAGGAACCAGGGUUCAUCAAAUCAGAAGAAGAGGACUUGCCGUGCACUGUUGUCACAGUGAGAAUUGGGGAAAAUGGAGAGGUCCAAGAAACUGAUGAACCAGCCUUCAGCUUGGCUUUAGGUCCACAAAGACACCUCAAGAAAUCUGGGAAAAAUCUGAACUCUACGAAAACGGACUGUUCAGACCAUUUGAACAUUAACUCACCAGUGAACAAUUUGCCCAUCAAACCCAAAAAAUAUCGGUUAGUUGAAGGACCACACAGGUAUAUAUUAGCUAAUGGUACAUUGAAUCGGAUAAACACAGGUGAGGCAUCUCUCAGGUUUCAAGAUGAAGAAAUGUCAGGUGAAGGGUCAAGUUUGACGCCAUCGAAGUCCUGACGCCUUUAAUUACACACACGCACAAACGCACAAACACACGCACUACCACCACUUCCUCGCUUACCCCCUCCUAUGGAACUCAACAACCCCACCUACCUCUCGGGUUCCAGAAGUAAAGUUUGUUACUGCACACUUUUUUAUCUUUAUUUAUUUUUAAGUAUUAUUUUUUGAGGUGAGCUUGAUCACCAUAGUGAUUAUUUAGCAAUAUGUAACUUUAUUAAACUAAUUUAGUUUACAUUGUUUUGAACUAAAAAUAAACACCGGAGACAAUACUUACUACAUUUCUGUUUAACCAAACCCUUUCAAGAAGACUCCCACGCACUGUCUCACUCUGGGUUUUCUUUUUGAUUAAUAUAACGUUUUGGUCCCUUGUUUUGGAAAUGAAGUAUAGGGAGUGAUGUACCUAUCUGAUACUGGGAUAAGAUAUUGGUGAAGACUCUGAAAAAUUUGCUAGAUUGGUUAUAGGCUUCCAAAUAUCGAUUCAGCUGAUAUUUUGGUUUGCACAUAUAAACUGAUGUAAUAAGACAAUUACUGGUCGAAGUUGAUCCAGAAAGUUGGAUUUUUAUUUACACUAAGUUGUUCUGUAGUUACUUGAGGAAUAAAUAGAAGGUACAUAACA